AUGUCAGGACGAGGAAGCGGAGGUCGAGGUAGACCCCGUAAAGGUCGCCGGGCCUCGCCGGCACCACAAGAUCAUCCUCCCCAAGAAGAAGGGGUAGGACAAAAUAACGCGGCCGUUCCUCCGGCUCAAGAUGCCAUAGGGGCACUAGCCCGAGAGAUGGCGGGUGCCUUCCCUGAAUCCAUGGAAAUCCUUCGAGCUGAACAAGCGGCAAGGACAAUCGAAGAGGAAACCCAAGUUUCUUUCUUGAAGAAGGAAUUCUUUCGCUCUAACCCUACGGAGUACAGUGGCGAGCCUAAUCUUAUGAAGGUGGAUGAAUGGUUGGAGCAGAUUGUUAAAUCAUUUCAAAUUUUAGACAUCAAUGAUGGAGAGCUUAGGGUGGCCUUAGUGGCGUACCAAUUGAAAGGGGAGGCCGAUCAAUGGAAAAAGUUGAGGAAGCAAUUCGAAGAGUUACGGCAACUAGACACACCUGUGGCGGAAUUUGAAGCCAUGUUCACCAAUUUGGCACGUUUUGCACCUGAACUAGUGGCUACUGAAGAACGUCAGUGUUUCGAGUUCGAGAAAAGGUUAAGGCCAAAAAUAUUAAUGAAAGUGAUGGGUCAUGUGUAUCAGGAAUAUGAUAAGUUGGUGGAAGCCGCGGCACAUGUAGAGAUUAUGAUGGAGGCUGAAGAAGCAAAACAAAAGCAUAAGAGGCCGAACUACGUUGACUCAAAAGGAAAUUCAGGAUCUUCCAAGAAAUCUAAGAGUUCUUUUUCCUCAUCUUCUCAGUCUAUGCCCCAACCAACCAAGUCAUCAGGAUCUGUUUCUAUGAGAAGUUUAGGAAAUACGGGCCCUAAUCUUGUUACUUGUUUUAGAUAUGGUCAGCAGGGCCACAAGGCUUCAGAUUGUAACCGAAAUCUUAGUCACCAACAACAAGCUCAAUCUCAAAGUCCAGCCCAAGGAAGGGGCCAGUCGCCUGCAUGCUACUAUUGUGGGCAAUUGGGUCACAUUAAAAGAUCCUGCCCUGAUUGGAAAGGGGAACACUUCGAGGUCCCAAAAUUUCGGAGGUUAUCAGUCAAGCCAAGGUCAGAGACAAGGGUAUCAGCCAGUUCAGUCAAGGCAGACAUCUUAAGCAGUACAAGGGACCACAUCCGCACAGUCAACACAACUAAUCAAUACGGGAAGAGGUGA